UAGUUAAAGCAACAGCUCGGAUUUUCAUCAAAUCAGAGAAUAUGAAUCGAGUAGCGGGGCUUCAAACUGGCUAACCCGCACCCGGUUAGAGCUUUUUAAAAAAUCAUCCUUUAAACAGACACGAAUAUAACACAGCAAGUCUCGCUCGAAAAACAGUAGAUUAUUAGAAUUUCAGAGAAGCGUUGGAAAGAUGUCGCGCAUUGCGGUGGUAACCGGAGCUAACAAAGGUAUUGGGUAUGCAAUCGUCAAGGGUCUAUGCUGUGAGUUUGAUGGGGUUGUUUACCUGACAUCAAGGAACGAGGAGCGAGGACAAGCCGCUGUUAAUAAACUGAAGAAGGAUGGUUUCAACCCAAAAUUUCAUCAGCUAGACAUCACGGACGAUUCCAGUGUUGAAAGAUUUAGAGAAUAUUUGAAAGAAACCCAUGGAGGACUCGACGUUCUUGUAAACAACGGCGGCAUAUCAUUCAUGUUUGAUGCCCCAGAAACGUUUCCGCAACGAGUAGCCGAGACACUCAGAGUCAACUACUUCGGCCUCCUGAGAAUUUGCAAGGCUCUAUUUCCACUCCUAAGGCCACACUCCAGGGUUGUUCAGGUGUCCAGCAGUGUUGGGCACUUGUGUAAAAUACAGGGAGCUGAGUUGAAGGCUCGGCUUGCUAGUCGCGAACUCACAGAGGAGGAGCUCACACAAAUGAUGAGGAAUUUUGUCGACGCAGCAGCAAUGAAUACUCACAAGGAGGCUGGAUGGCCGAAUAGUUCAUACACGGUGAGCAAAGUCGGCGUUUCUGCGCUGAGUCGCAUUCAGCAAAGGGCGUUCGAUAAGGAUCCUCGUGAAGACAUUGUUGUGAAUGCGGUUCAUCCGGGAUCCGUGAUCACCGACAUGUCUGGCAAGUUGGGAACUAUGACACCCGAAAGAGGUGCCCAGGCCCCGCUGUACCUGGCUCUGUUACCAAAGUAUACGGAGAUCAAGGGAGAAUACGUUUGGCAUGACAAUACUGUCAUGGAUUGGGUAAACGGCGAAGUAAAAACCUUCAGGCCCGAUUCGCCUAAUUUAUACUGAUCUUGAACAUGAGGAUAGAAAAACAUCACCCAUAGAAUUUGAGCGGUGCUGAAAACUUCAUAAUUGUUUUAUAAAAUGGAACAAAACAAAAUACAGUUAUGCUACAUUGAAA